UUGCCAACCGUAAUUAAAACUCAAAAAAGAAAGAAAAAGAAAGCCCAACAUCUCAAGGAAAUACCAAAGUGGCUGCUAAUCCGUUGAUACGACGUGCUGCAAAAACAGCUGGUUAUCAAGCCUCGUAAGCUUUCCCUCGCGUGAAACACACGGCGGCGCCCCCUUCACUUAGCAUAGAUAGCUAACGCUUAUUACCAGCUAUCAGUCGCGUAGUAACGUUACUAGCUAGUUAGCUUGUGGAGAUUUCAAACGCCGAGGGGGCAGGAUGCAAGAGGAUCAUUUGUGAGAAACGACCCCUAUCCACGUGCCAUGUCUUUGGUUUUUCCACGACCCAACACCAACACAGUCCACGGCAAGAAGGAUAAGAGACUGAUGGCGGAAGUGAAUGCAUCGCCGCUCAAGCAUUUUGUCACAGCAAAGAAGAAGAUCAACGGGAUCUUUGAACAGUUGGGGGCCUACAUUAAGGAGAGCGCUUCAUUUCUGGAUGAUACUUACAAAAAUGAAGAGCUGGACCCAGUCACCACAGAGGAACAGGUCCAGGAGGUCCAGGGUUGUCUCGCCAAGGUGGCAGGGAUUGGAGAAGUGCUCGCCCGCAGGCAUAUGAAGGUGGUCUUCUUCGGGAGGACUAGUAAUGGGAAGAGCUCAGUGAUCAACGCCAUGCUGUGUGACAAGGUGCUGCCUUCUGGAAUAGGACACACCACCAACUGCUUCCUGAGAGUGGAGGGCACAGAUGGCAAUGAGGCCUUCCUCCUCACUGAAGGCUCUGAGGAGAGGAAGAACAUAAAGACAGUGAACCAGCUGGCCCAUGCUCUCCACCAGGACGAGGACUUGGAUGCUGGCAGCUUGGUCUGUGUCAUGUGGCCUAAAGCCAAGUGUGCUCUGCUCAGGGACGACCUGGUGUUGGUGGACAGCCCAGGUAUUGAUGUUACCACAGAACUGGACAGCUGGAUCGACAAGUUCUGCCUGGAUGCUGAUGUAUUUGUUUUGGUGGCAAACUCUGAGUCUACACUGAUGCAGACGGAGAAGUCCUUCUUUCACAAAGUCAAUGAGCGGCUCUCCAGUCCCAAUAUUUUCAUCCUCAACAACCGCUGGGACGCAUCAGCCUCAGAACCUGAAUACAUGGAAGAGGUCCGCAUGCAGCAUAUGGACCGCUGCACCAACUUCCUGGUGGAUGAGCUAGGUGUGGUGGACCGAGCCCAGGCCAGUGACCGCAUCUUCUUCGUCUCUGCCAAGGAAGUACUUCAGGCUCGUGUACAGAAGGCCCAAGGAAUGCCUGAAGCAGGUGGAGCUCUUGCAGAGGGAUUUCAAGCCAGAAUGUUUGAGUUCCAGAACUUUGAGAGGCGAUUUGAGGAGUGUAUCUCACAGUCCGCAGUGAAGACCAAGUUUGAGCAGCACACUGUGAGAGCCAAACAGAUCUCUGAAGCCCUGCGCUGCAUUAUGGAUUCUGUACACAUUGCUGCACAAGACCAGAGGAUCUACUGCCUUGAGACCAAAGAGGACCGUCAGGACCGAUUGGAGUUUAUAGACAAGCAGUUGGACUUGUUGACUAUGGACUGUAAGGCUAAGAUCAAGAAGAUUACUGAGGAGGUGGAGAGACAGGUGUCUAAUGCCAUGUCAGAAGAGAUCAGGAAGCUCCACGUGCUGGUGGAUGACUUCCACAUGGACUUCCACCCAUCACCAGUGGUGCUCAAGGUCUACAAGAAUGAGCUCCACCGGCACAUAGAGGAGGGUCUGGGCAAGAACAUGUCAGAGAGGUGCUCCACCUCCAUCACCAGUGCCCUUCAGGCCACACAGAGCGACAUGAUUGAGGGCCUGAAGCCUCUGCUGCCCAACCUGGUCAGAGAGCAGGUAGACAAGCUGGUUCCUCGUCAGUGUUUCAGUCUCAGUUAUGACCUCGCCUGUGACAAGCUUUGCAGUGACUUUCAGGAGGACAUCAGCUUCCACUUCUCUCUGGGCUGGACCAUGCUGGUCAACCGCUUCCUGGGGCCCAAGAACACCCGGCGGGCCCUCAUGGGCUACAACGACCAGGUCCCCAGGCCUAUGGCCCUGACUCCAGUCAGCACCAGCAUGCCUCCAUUUCCACAAAGCUCCAUGACCCAGGAGGAGCUGAUGGUCUCCAUGGUGACUGGUCUUGCCUCCCUUACCUCCCGUACUUCCAUGGGUGUCCUUGUGGUUGGUGGCGUGAUCUGGAAGGCAGUGGGCUGGCGUCUGAUCGCCCUGUCAGUGGGUCUGUACGGACUCCUCUAUAUCUAUGAGCGGCUCACAUGGACCACCAAGGCCAAGGAGAGAGCCUUUAAGAGACAGUUUGUGGACUACGCCAGUGAGAAGCUGCAGCUUAUCGUCAGCUACACCGGAUCCAACUGCAGCCACCAAGUCCAGCAGGAGUUGGCAGGUGUGUUUUCUCAGCUUUGCCAGCAGGUAGACGUCACCCGUCAGAACCUUGAGGAUGAGAUCACUGACAUGAACGUCAAGAUUGAGCUGCUGGACAGCUUGCAGAGCAAGGCUAAGCUGCUUCGGAACAAGGCAGGCUGGCUGGACAGUGAACUUAACAUGUUCACCCAGCAGUACCUCCAGCACAGCAAGUAAGUGACACAGAGCAUCCACCUGAGAGGCCAAGCAACACCACAGGAAGAUUUGGUACACCUGCUGAAGUUCCCCCUCCUGUUGACACACUUCUGUAUUUCUAAGCUAAUCAGAGGAAAUACUUUACAAUGUUCUGAACUGAUGAGGAAAAAUAGAAUGGUUUCUGACAUUAGUGAACAGAGUUACCAGGUAGUUGUGAUGUGGAUGCUUUGACUUUAGCUCAGGAUUGGAGUCCUGUGGUCAGCUGGUGACUUGUCACACAAAAAGGAAAAGUUAAAACAGUGAAUCAGCUAUUAAAUAUCACCCACUACAUGAAUUAUAAGGUUUAACCACAGACUUAAAAACACAACAUCCCCUCAGUGUAUGUCCUAAUGCUCAUUCUUAUCUUUUGAGCACUCUUGUGUUAAGUUGUGGUGAUAUGCCAAUGACCAUGAACCUGAGGUCUCCAGAUGGCUGAUUAAUCCGACUCUAGAGCAGAAGUACAGUCUGAGCUCUCCUAGCAUCCUUAGUAGCACUGUUGAGUGACUUAUAUCAGCCUCUGUCAAAAACUCCACACUGUCUUUUAAACCUGAUUCCAGUUAACUCUGCCACAUGGAACUUGGCUAGAUUUGACUCUUCAUAUACAUUUUGAACAAUAGAAAAGUGCCAUGCUGAAGUAAAUGGCAGUCCACAUAAGGGACUGGAGGAAAGUGUCUUAUGUGAAUAGGAUAAUGCAAAAUAAUUUAUUCCUAUAAUUGUUGUAGUUUGGAAACUGUAUCGUUUUUUUCCCCAAAAUGAAGCUGUCAGAAAUAAUCUUCCUGGGGCCAGAGGUUGCCACUGGGAAAAUGCUCACAUAUUUUUAUUACAGUGACAAGACGGAGAACUACUUUUCACCCUUACAAUUAUUUUUAGGAACACAAGUAGAACUGACACCCUGUGCACACUGUUAGAAGGUUUUUGUUGAGCCCAUCACAGCUGUUCCUUGUCUCAGAUUGGAGACUUCACACACUAAUGGCUGAUGAAGCAAACAGAGAAACCCUUUACCCUAUAUGGAGAAUAGCUCAAUGUCUUCAUCUGUUCAAUGUAUUUCAUUUAUUGUUCCUUCUCAAAGUUAACCUAAAUCUUAAUUCUUGUGAAGAAAGUUUGUUUGGACUGUGAAGUAAUUGAAAAGACUUUAGUGUGUUAAACAACCUAGGAGAAAAUAUAAGCACGCUUUAUAUCAAAUGUUCCAUAUGUUACUUUCAGAAAAUCCUUAUUAACACCUCUCUCUCUGAGGCCAUUACAUGAACUGCAGUCUGUCUCCUGUUGUUUUCGCUCACACUCUGUAGGUGCAACUGAGCAUCUGUGCAUUGGCCAAAACCGUAACAUGACAUACGACUGAACGUGAUUGACCAUCAUUACUCUGAUGGGAAAUGGAAAAUAAAUGAUCCUAUGUAGAAUAAAAUUAAUAUAUGUAAUAUUCCUAUAUUUCAUUGGAACCAUUGGCUCCAUGAUACUAACUAGCAUGCUGUUUGCAAAUUAUUUUACCUGCUUUCCUUUCAGAGCUACCACCAGCAGAUCCACGCAGCAUCGCUUCACAGAUAACUGGCUACGCUUAGUUCAGGUUACGAUUACUUGUUGGCCGCCCAGCUAGUUGCAACAUGCUACAUAGAUCUGGCAUUAGUUGCUUCAUAACGUUACCUGAUAAAAUAAUUUGCAAACCAGCCCCGGGAGUCUGUAUGAAUUAUACACUCAAGACAAAAUUUGGAAUGAUAGCUAGCUGCACUGAAUUUGACUACAUCACUCUUUAUCAGAUCACAGAUGACACAAGAAUUAGCGGUAACACUUAAAGGUAUCUACAUAAGGGUGACAUGACACCGUCAUAACUAUGACAUGACAC